ACGCGCGCGGAUUACUACGCGCGGGGGCGGAAUGGUGGGGGAGGGAGGAAGGACGCGCCGUCAGUCCAACGCGAACCUCGGACGAGUGUAGGUCUCGCGCGCGCGCGUGCGUGCGUGUGAUUUGCCGUCGCGUUUUGCAUCAGUGGGCGUAAUCGGCGCUCGUCGUCGCCCUCGUUGAGACAACACACGACCGCUGUUUUAACUGUUAUUCUCGCCCCGACUUCGCGUAGCCGACCGUCCGUUUCGCGUGGCAACGGCCGAAAAAUUCGCGGCGAUAACAACCGCGGAGCGGAGUGAUAAAACCGUCGUCGCCGGGUGCCGUGCGUUACGUCGUGAAUCGUCUACGUGCGAUUCUACCUCGCGCGACGGUCCGCGACGCGGGCACGAGUGUCGUGAACUUAGCCGCGUAUUACGCGAUCACUCCGUGCGCCACGACGUAACGUGACGCAACGCGACGCGGGAAAAAUCGGAUGCGCGUGCCGACGAAGAGGAGCGGGGGUGCCGACGCGGGAUGAGCGCGAGAGAAGUCACCCUCUACGGCGGGUCCCCGUGGGGCUUCCGCAUGCACGGCGGCUGCGACACGCAUCAACCCCUGCGCAUCUCUAGGGUGAAUCCGGGAAGCAAAGCAGCUCAACAAGGGGUGAGAGAGGGCGAUCUGAUCAGUAAUAUUAAUGAAAGAAGCACUCGAGAUCUGACUAACAGCGAGGCGCACGCUCUGUUACGUAAUUCUGGGGAGCAGCUAAAACUCGGUCUCAACCAAGAAAAUAUCGGCUCGCCGAAAAGGAGGAUCUACAGGAGCAGUCUGCAAGAGAACACUACCGAAAUUCAGAACAAGAUCACCACAAGGACCACAACGACAACGCGCACACGGACGGAGUCGGAGAGGAACGUUGCCAAUGACACAAAAGUCGAGCAGAGCUACGCCAAUCAGAACGGUGCUCUGAAGAGCUGCCCGAGCGAACAACGAAGCGACGCUAAGAAAGGACACCGCGACCUUCUGGAUUACGCAACCGACGCGGAGGACUGCGCCGUGAUGCCGCAGGGCAAUGCGCGCAACCGCAACCGCAGCCGCAGGAAUCGGAACCGACGGCGACCUCCUCAGCCACCGACGAACGUCACGGAAUCCUCGCGAAAGGCCGAGCAGAGGAAGCUCGAGGAGGAGAAUCGUCCGACCUCGAGGAACGAGCGCGACUACGGCGACGACGACGACGACGACAACUCGAAGACGAACGACUCCGUCGCGGAGAAUCCCGUUCCGGAGAAUGUCGACCUGACCGAAGACGAGAAUCGGGGCGGAUCCUCGUUGAAUCAUGGAUGCAGAUUCCGAUCGAACGAUAAGCGCAGAAUCGAGAAGAUCGACCUGGCGGAAUCUCGUCCCGGGAUAAUCGAGAUCACGACCGUCAGCAGUUUACCUCUGGAAGCGACGAUCGGCCAUAUCGCCGGGGUGGGUAUUUUGGAGACCGGAAAUGGUAACGGAGCGUUGAAGGAAGCGACGAUAGUGACGGUAUCGGAACCGGUGGAAUCGGUACGGCCGCUUUCUGGUUGUGCAAAGACCAGGCUUUCGCGAGCGAACGAGACUCGAUUGGAGAUCCGAGAAGUCAAUGACAGCGAUGCGGAGGCCGAUUGUGGGUCAGCAAUUGUCGAAUUCGAAUCCGAUGCAGAGUCGGUUGGGGGACAGGAUUCCGAGGAUCGCGUGGAAUUCAAGCCGAGGGAUCGGAUCGGGCAGCAAUACGUGCCACAGAAGAAGUUUUCCAAACCGGAAAUGGAAUCCCCGACUCUGAUGUGGGCCACCGUGAUGCCUAGAGACGUGGAGAAAAAGCUGCGAAAUUUCAUCGAGGACCUGCAACUGCCGAGUUUCUCCGAGGAAGUAAUCGAGGAUGAGGGGAGAUCUCUCGUUGCGUGCGACUUCGCGGCGGAAGAGAGCAGAUCCUUCGAGAAAGCAGCUAUCUCGCCACGUCGGAAAACGAGGAAGCGCGCGAUGUCGGUGUCGCAUUACGCCAGCAGCUUUCUGGACAUUAUACAGGAAGAAGGUGAAAGACUAUCGGAGGACGAGGCACAGCAUAUCAGAGAUUUCAUAAACGAGGAAAUCAGCAAGUAUCGGCGCGAGGACAGGCAUUCUGUCGAGAGGAUGACAUCGGCGGAUGACAUCGAAGCGAGAAGGGUUGAUACUGACAAGAUUAAAUCGGCCGAUGAGAAGUCAGAAUGCGAUAUUAAGGUUAAGAUUGAUACGCUGAAGAAUGACAUUUCGGAAUUAUGUUCACGCGAUAAAGCAAACACUUGCGACGAGAUUGAAAACGUCGAGCUUAAUUCCGUUGAAAGCAUCGCGAGUCCUGAAACUAAAGUAGUAAAAGACAUUAAUCCCGUGACUGAAACAAUAAGCGAAAAAAUGAACGCAAACAAUUGCGACGAGAAUGAAAACGUUGAGCUUAAUUCCGUUGUUGAAAAUGUCGCGAGUCCUGAAACUGAAGUGAAAGACGCUGAUCCUGUAACUGAAACGAUGAGCGAAAAAAUGAAUGCAAAGGACGACAUCCUAAAUAAUGAAUCUUUGGAAAUCUUAGCAGACACGACGCAAGCUAAUUUAAACCUCGAGGACCGUUGUAUUAUUGAGGAAAUUGAGAUUGUGAAAAAUGAUACUACGAAAGACGGUGAGGAAAAUAAUGAAGCGGAGAAACUAGAAAAAACCGUGACAAGUAUUGUGACUGUAAGUGAUAUCAGUGACGCAGAUGUAAGUAAAGCGGAAGGUAAUAAAUUUUCGUCCGUAGUCGAGGCACCUGCAAAAUCAGACAACCGCGAUGUUCUACGAAAAGAUUCCAUCGAGACUCGCAGGAUCGUUAAUCACAGCGUAUCACGGGUGGACGACAGAGUUGAUUCAGCCUCGAAUUCGUCAUCGAGCGAAGUAACCCUGUCGGAAACGAAGCGACCGCCGCCUCUACCGAAGAGGUCAUCCAGUUUCGGCCGCGAGCCUCAGAGACCGCCGACGCCACCUGAAAUAGACUAUAUCUCGAGCGGCGCGAAGAUUCAUCAGACGUCUGUUGCGGCGAACGGCGACGGACGCGAACACGACGAGUCGACGAAUUUAUCCGCGCGGAAGUGUGCGAGUCGUGAAGCGGCAGACGACGGGCUGCCACGACGGUCGGAGCUUCCCGGAGCUUGCAAGAGUUCUUGCACGUCGAGGACCGGUCGGGCAAUUUAUGGCGAAGAUCUUUCGAGCUCGCGUGACCUCAUCUCGACAAUCGUUCGCGCUAAUGAGAUUCGUGGCCGUAUAAAUCAGGUCAGACCCGCCGACACCGCUCCGACAACCGGGUACGCUGAAGCUUCGACCGAGGACGGUCGAUCGAUCGCGUCAUCGGGUAUUCGCGACGAUGAUCUGUCACGCUCGCGCGGCACCGGUACGCACGUCGUCAAGUUGGCAAGCACGACUAGCACGGAAAUAACGCGUCGCGAGGAAGGGAAACUCGCGACGCCCGCUGCAUCGGUGGCAUAUGAUCAAAACGCGUCGUCGUGCUGCCGGCAGGAGGGUGAGGCCGAUGUGUGCCGGUAUCCCUCGGGUCAGGAGAAACACACGAAUUCCACGGAAAGGAAGGAUUCUACGGCGAAUCACGAAUCACCGAGGUGCAAUAAAUCAGAUACUCGUUCGAAUUUUUCGGUGAGAGACAAAUCGGCGGCGAUGGGUACGUCGAGUUCAAAGAGCAAGAAGAAACCCGAGGGAAAAAACGAGAAGAACGAGAAAUCGACGUCUGGCUUUCAUCGCGAACGAAUAGUGAAGAGUGAGACGUCGGAGACGAGAAUAAUCGAACGACACGAGGAGAGUACGAGCGCUAACCAGCGCGAUGGCCUUCGCAAUUCGAAGUAUUCGACGUGGGAGUCGAAGCGCGAAGAGAGGCGCGAGGAAAAGCACGAGGAAAAAACGCGCAGCUCGUCCCGAGAGAGCGACACGAGGAAUUCGUCCGACGACGAGGUGAGCUUUCAAAGAACGGACGUCCCAGUGAGCGAGAGUCCCUCGCUCGAGGAUGAGUUAAUCGAUGUUCAAGGACAUGACUCGUCCAGCAGCACGACGUCCUUGAACACCGUAAAGCAUCGUCCAUUGGAAGCGUCGUUGACCGAUAUCAUCGCGAUUGUCCGCGAGACGAGGGAGGAGAACUUGAAAGACGAAGCGGGAGAAUCUCUGAAGCGGAAGCUCACCUUGCUGAAAAACACGGAAAGAUCCGCAAAUGAGACGACGCCGAGAGAGAAUUCGAAAUCGCCUCAGCCGGUCCUCCCUUACUCGCCUGUGGAGGAUCUUUAUCAUGUGCCAUUGAAGAAAGCGGUCUCAGAGAUAGCCACGAAAGACGUGUCGGGACAACCAUCUUCUCUCAGGAAGCUCUGCGUCGAGAGAAUUCUGUCGAUGCCGUAUGGACCGCAAGUGAUAGGCGAGAUCACUACGCCAAAGUUCAACAUCUUCGAGAGUUUGCGGACUCUACAGAGGUUUGUGAGUGACGCGCCGGCGCAUCCACACGAUAACGCUCGACUAAACUCAAUGCAUGGAGUGAGUGAUCGACGGCACGGACUAACGAAAACGUCGGACGAGAGCGAGCGGCAUCGUCCUAACGACAUUACGAACGCUGUUUCAGACCAGGCCAAGUUGUCGAAAAGCAUUAAUAUUGAGUUGUCAGAGUCGGAGAACGAGAUGGAGAACCGGGAACCACGGUGGCGUGCGCUCACUACAACGGACCCCAGGCUUCUGGUAUGCCUGUCGCCGUCGCAACAGGCCAUGCAGGUGCGCACGAGUGCCGACACCCUGCUGGACCUUCACCGAAAGUUCCUAAACCGGUACAGUUACCGCGAGGAACAGCCACAUUACGUUCCUCUGCCGCAGUACCGAGUUGAGAUCCGUCCGAUCAAAGAGGGCAGCAACGCGAUUUCGAAAACACCUAAGCCGACUACUCGAGCGAGUCAUCGAGACAGCACGAUCGAGAGUUCUAGCAGCAGGCUGCUGGAAAUCAUCAAGGAAGAACGAAACGGUCCUCGAAACGAUAUAUUCGCGGAUCAGCAGACGAAGACGAUAACCGAUGACGCCACUGGCGACUCUUUUGGGCGCCGGGGUCAAGAAUGUUUCAAGGCCGAGCCUCGGCCGAGCGACUGGUUGAAUCCAGCCAGACACGAUCGCCGAAGCGCCACCACGAACGAGCUAUUCUUGGCGGCGACGAGGGGCGAGGAUGGCGAAUCGAGCGACGAUAAGCCGAACGGUCACGUGGCCCGGUCUGAUCGGCUUAAGAUUGCGACACGUUCCGCCGCCCAGGCUGGACAUCGACCGUCGGCGAACAACAACGCGAUAACUCGCGAUUCAGAGAGAUUGUUAGCGAAUAACAUUAAGUGUCCGAUCAUGCUGAACGGUACCGUUACCGAUCGAUCGAUGGAUGCCACUGGCAAGAGGACGCCGCCUCUCAGGAGAGCGACCGAUCUUGGCAAGCACGUGAAUCCGGCGUUGAUCGACAACAAACUCGAGGUACCACCGUUGCCGAAGCGCGCGGUCACGGUCGACAGAUCGUGCAUCGAUACGACGAGUAUUUUCGAUCAGAGUCCGCCGAGAAGUCGUCUGGAACCACGAAAAGGACACCAUGAAGCGGAGAAACUGAAACACGUGGCCGCUGUGGAGAUCAUGGAUAAACUGAAAGAGCUGCAGACGGAAACAUCACGGCGGCUCGACGACGAUAAGAAGGGCUCCUUACCUCAAGAAUACUUCGCUCAGCAGCUGAGGUACAUCGAGCUGUUGGAAGAUCAACUAAAAAAUGUGAUACUAGCGGAAGAGGAGGAAAGAAAGGCUUUCGAGGAAUUUCAAACGCAUUUUCAUCAAACGAAACAAUGUGACGACACGAGGAGGUCGCCUCUCGCUGAUAUCCCCGAAGAAACCUUGAAAAAAAUUAGCAUGAGUCUCGAACGCGAACGUAAAAUUCCGAUCGAUGUCCAUGGGAUGACAGACGGAAAAUGUGGGGAAAAUAAGCGAGCGGAACCUCGAGGUCUCGAGGAGAAAUGCUUCAAAGAGAUCUAUCGAAGCGAGCCGAGAAUUCAAAAAGAAUCUUGGCAAGAGAAGUCACGGAAUAUAGAAAAGAAUCGUACAGAGACGAUCGAUAAAGUAGACAAUCGGCAGUUUCUGAAGAAGGUAUGUCAUGAGAAUGGGCAUCACGAGGAGAAAUCCUCAGAAAGUAUUAAACAUGAGGAACGUCACGUGAUCACGCAGAAGGAAAACUUGGCGAGAACGGAGGAAAAUGAAACGUUUAAGCCUCGCGAGGACGAAGUUAACGAUCGUUGCACGAAAACACGGUCGACAGGGACACCGAGAAACGACUCUGAGAUGUCCGCUGAAAGGAUGACUCAGCGUAAGAACGUUGAAGUGAGGAGACCGACAACGUUACCAACGAACGGGGAGGCAUUUCGCCAGCAAAUGUACGACGAGUACGUGCACAAGGUGUUAGAGCGGCAGGAGCGGAAGAGCCACAAAGUCGUGAAGAUCAGCUCGCACGAAGACAUCAAACGCAAAGCGGAUGGUAACAUGAGCGCGAUGGCGAAGGAAUUCAUCGAGAAGGCACGCAGCCGGCUGAACAAGUUCGGGAUCAAUCUCGACGAGAGCGGGACGGAGCACGAGGACGAAGAUGGUGAUGCUCUGAUCAACGCGAAAUUCCUAAUAGACGGCAAGGAGCUGCAGGACGUUCGGAGGCUGCCGAAACAUCUGCGGGAGUUCCUGAAGAUCUCCACGAUGAGCGACGAGGGCGGGAGCGGCUGCGAUGCCAUUGCGAAGAGAAGAGUCAGGAAUGAAAGUGAUCUGCUGCACGAGAUCGACAAAGCUUUAAAAGUCGGCAGGGGAUUUCUACUUGGGCAAGAAAACGUUAUGUUCGCCCCCACGUUUAAAGCCUCGUCGGCGAAACCAGGCGUUUGGUCGCCAGGACAAACGCCAUCUGAGAAGGCACCGAGUCCCGAACGAAGGAAAGAACCACAGAAGAAGAACGAGCCGAUCCCGUCGGUUUGGACCCCCGCCAGCGCCGGCGCGAGCCCUGUCGCUGAGAGAAAGGAAUUUCGUCCUGUGGCAUUCGAGAGUCCUGUACUAAGCCGGAAGAGGCAGCCGAAGGAAGAAGAGGCGCCUCCGCCCUGGCAAGGCGAGGAGAAGGAGAGCGGCAUCUCGCGAAUCGUGAAUUCGCAUUCGGCACCCUCCCAGGGGUUGAACACCCUCGCGUCUACGCCGCGAUUGCCACGUGCCCAGAAUCCGACCAUCACAUUGCUGCAGAAAGCGCGAGAGGGACAAUUGCCGAAAGGCGCAGCUUACUUGGAGGAAAGCGAUAAUCGGCCAGUGAGCGACGAAAGGCCGCUAAUCUCUCCGGGAGAGAUAAUCUACACGUUGAAGAAAGAAUACGAGAGCGAGCCGGAAACGGAGAAUGAACUGCCGAAGAAGAUGGCCGAUCUGGGCCCUCGAAAAUUCGAGGGAAUCGGACCGGUGACUAGGGAAGGUAUCCCUCUCGUGCUAAGAUCGGAAAUCAAGGAAAGCAAUCAAGCGAAAUGGUACAAGAAAAUGUAUGACUCGUUGCACCGUGCUGAUAGAAACGAUGACUACGUAACCAUAAAAUACAAAUCAAGAAGAGGAGGGAGAUAUGGAUACGGAAGCGGCAGCGGAUAUUUGAGUGAACCGGAACCGCGUGCAUACUCGGAUCGAUCUGUUACUCUCGAUAGCCGUCGACGGCUGCGCAACAAAGAAAAUGACUUCACCACGGCGACUAUGCCCAGAAAAAAUGGGGCGCUGAAAUACUCGACAGAGAUUUAUAAAAAUCAGCCCGGCCGCAUCGAGGACUAUGAACCAGGGCACUCGUCGAUCGCCGAGAAGGAAGCUAAAGAGUGGUGGGACGAGGUCAUGGACAUAUUUGACGGGUGGCUGAACGAAAACGGACAUCCUCAGCACGCUAGGAUGGAGUCUCUGGGCGGUGGCGUCCGGCAGUCCCGCGUCCUCAGCCUCUCCUACCGGCCGGAGGACAGUCCUUUCGAUCAGCGCAGCAAUGCACGUGCCGCGGCCAAGCCGUAUAUAACUCAUGCCCUCAAAGAGUCGGGCUACGAGAGCGACUCGACGCUGGUGUUCCGCCGACGAGAAGAUAUUAGUCCGCUCAGUCUUUUGGAGCAGAGACUGGCAUACAAAACGGUGCAGAGCGGUGGUGACGUACCCCUCCAUGGGCUUCGCAAGCCAGCCCCAGAACGUCCAAAGGACGACUCGGAGAUCGAAUAUUUCCCGAUCUCGCCAACUCUGACGAGGAUCCGCGUGCAUCGAAGAAGCGCCUCGUGCACGUCAAGAAUCACCUCGUCCACCACGGCAUUCUCAACGUGGCACGAGUGGUCGAUAUUGUCCUCGAUCGAUACAAGAUCCCCGCCGCAGGUCAUGAGAGCCCCUCCUCAUAGCCUCUCAUCAUCCGGUAGAGCUCUUCCGCAAACUAUGUCGGCGCCGAGGCCUCCUUCGCCGCCCCGAAGAAAAUCAUCACGCCAUAACAGAACCUUGAGAAAAUUAUAUUCGGAGAAUACGCGAUUGAUCGAUAAUUCGUACACUGCAUAUUCGAAACCUAGGCACGAACAGUGCUUCGCGCAUGCCGACAGCGUGUCGAGCAUCAGGUCUCUAAGAGAGAGAUUUUGCAGUAAUCUCGAGCGGCAUCGACAAAGUCGCGAGCAGUUUCAUAGCACAAUCGUACGCACGUCCUCCAGCAGCCCGAUUGCCUCAAAGACCACCAAGGUGUCUGCUUUGUUCUCCAACACCUUCGGUAAAAGAAAAUCGGAUCCCUGCUUGUCACAAACUCAAUUUGAAGCAAAGAAGUUAAACUUGCCGUCAAGUAGUGCGAGAAAUCACGUUUGUUCUUCAACGUCGCCGGCAUCGAGAAGUAUUCGCGAAUCUUCAGUGAAGCUUGAUAAACUCACAGCAGUAAAGGUACCAUCCAGACACGCAACUUCUGUUGCCACUAAAGUAAGACAGAAAUCUCCAGAGAGAAUAAAAUCGGAGCCUCUCUCAACUGCGAAGAGAGAGAAACUUCGUUUGACAAAGAAAGAGCAAGAACAAUCUUGUAGGAGGCUAAGCAGAUCACAGGAACUCUCCUCACCAGUGGAGGUUAAGAAAGCUUUGCAGAAGCACAAAGAGAAAGAAACGAGGGACGUGCAGACUAAGAUACUUUCGUCGGGCACUGUAGUAAAGAGCUCGACGAUCUCGUCGACGAGUAAACAAAAGCGUCCAGUGGAUAAAUCUCUCAAAGCUGUUUCGCUCAAGGGACAGGAAAUAUUACGAAAGACAUCUGAACAGCGUCCUGAACAGCGUUCUGAACAGCUUACGGCGACGAAAAGGGCGUCAAGCGCCCAGCUAAAGUCUCCUGCGAAAAGUACGUCAUCACAGAUCACUAAGCUGGAGCCAAAGAAGACGAAGACUGUCUCGAAGCCGCCAGAAAAGCUGGUUGUUAGCAAAGAAUCCUUGCGUUCGAUAUCUUCGUCCUGUUCCGAAGCGAUCAGUGAAGUGAACAAGAGGAAGCGACCUCGAGAGAAACCGCACACGAUCGUUAAAACUCCGACAAGAAAGCCAGAGACAAUACGCAUAACUGUGAACGGUGACAGGAAAAAGAUGGAUGCGAGGAGGAAAACACGGAGAGAUAAGAGCGUCGAUGAAGCAGACGUGAGCAAGACUUUGAACGGGUGGAGGGAGAUGGCCGAGAAGGACGAGAUCAAGAUUCUGAGGAGAAUAGAGAAGAUAGCGCCGAGUGUUGGGCAAGAUUCCAGAACCACCUGCUUGACCGUGGAGGAGAUCAAGAAACAUCAGGAAGCAACGCGCACAGACACUUUCUUCCAAAACCUUUUCUUACGGAAUCAUCCGUCGCUCGUACAAUCUCACGAAGAGAACAUGAAGAAGUCUCUCGUCAGCGAGCGUGCAAAAAUAUUCCAAGACGGCGUGAGGGAGAGCUUCAGGUCGGAGCCGUCUCUGAAGUCUUUGAGCGUGUAUUUGGCGCACAAGCGGCCGGUCUCGAACUCAAAGUUCAAAAACUGGGAGCGCGAGAGCGGCGUCUCGUCCAGGAGUUCAAGUCCGUAUGGAGUCUGCUGGCCCGGCCGGUCGGUUUUUCAAAAGAUCGGCAAGUUUGACAGCUUGUUGAAUAUUGAUGAUUUUGGAUCGUCCACCAUGUUGCGCGUUCGUAGUCCAGAAACUAUGUCGCGGGAACACGUGAAGGAGCGAAGUCUAAGCGAGCCGCCAUUGAAGACUCUGCCCGAGUCCAGAGAGUCUUCGCCAAGAUCCUCUUCGCCAUCUCCGGUGAGAUCGCAGGCGUCUCGACGAAGUCACAUCUCCAAGCAGGAAGACUUAGACGCCCCGCUGACGAUUACGAAAAAAGUAAGAGCCAGAAGCGCCGGUGAGGCAGAAGACGCCAAGAGGGAGGGUUCGAAUCUAUCAUUGACGAAAAGCACCUGUUCAUUAUCGUCCAUGGAUCGCGAGGAUUAUCAACAGUAUAUACUCGAAUUGUUGCACCACAGACGCAAAUCGACACGGUACAAAGAUCUGCGCGACUUCUAUGCGAAUCUCAGCAGGAUGGAUCAGUUGGAGCGUACGUUUUCCUCCGGGGAUCUACGACCGCGGCUGAAAAACGAAGAAAUCAUCGAUUACGAUCGUUGGAAACGGGUUAGAUCGAAGGAGAAGGCAGAACAGGAACUGAAGGCGCUUUAUGGAAAGCUGAAGAGCGUUCAACGUGACAAGGACUUUCUUUUCAGCGCGAAAGACAUUGAUAAAUUUAGGUGGCACGGCGAUUGUGGGCUGCGCUGCAAGGAACGCUCCGUGGAAGAUAUCUUGCAGUAUUUUCGAAGACUUCAGAGCGAGGAAGGCGAACUGGACUUCUCCAAGAAAAAAGCUGUCAUGCAGAAGGAUACAUACAAACCUCUCUGGCGUGGAAAUUCGGUCGUGAACGUGGCGACUACGAUGCAGCAGAAGGCGAAUGUCAAUUUUCGAGAUACUAACAAAUUUGCAGAUUAUCAUCCAUCGUUACAGAGGAGUCUCGGCGGCAGCAAGAAGUUCUGGAGCAGUUUGUCCAUCGAGCAGGUAACCAACCUAAAGAAGCAGCUAAACGAAAUUUACGGUAGCGACGGUCCUCAGAAACGAUCGAACGACGACGUUGUCGAUGCACCUCGCGAAAUUAGCGAGUAUCAGCAACCUAUUAAAGAAAAUCCCAUUGCUAAAGACGAAAAUUUGACUAACUACGAAAUUAUUGUACCACCUGAAGGCGAUUCCCAGAAUUAUCCUCAAGACGAUUCAAAGAGUCUCCACGUACGAUGCCAUUCAAUGAUAGCGACGAACGAGUCAAUAUUAAAAGAACAGAGCGAUGCCGAGAAAACCUUGAAGAAGAGCGAUUCCAUUGGGCGUUUGAAAAGCAUUGAGAGAUCAGAAUCAGAGAGAUCGAUCUCGCCGUCGAUGUCGGAGCUGGAGAAGAAGAGGUUGUCGUUGACUCUCGGUAAAGAAGUGCUGGACAAAAUGAUGCGAAAAAGACAAUCCUCGCCUUUAGCGCCUCGCGAGACUCGUGGUAGCAUCGCCGCUGCCUUAGCGGCCACGAAGAUACCGGCAAAACCAUCUACAAAGAGUACCGCAAGACCUCCUUAUGCGCCCGACACGCCCAGCGUGGCCAGCACUUCCCCCAGGACCUGUUAUUCCCUCGAAGCGCCAUAUGUUGAAGACACGACUAAAUCGAAAGACAAGAGCGACUUUCUGCUGGUGUUGACGCCCAAUAACGAGAGCCCCAGCGACAAGCAACGCGUGGAGACCGUGCUCGAAGAAUGGUCGAAGAAACCUCCCUUGUUGGCCAUGACGGUACCAACUGAGAAAGCAAGAUCGAGCAGCAAGUUUGCAUCGGGCAGCGAUGGAGACAGCAUGACGGAGAGUUCGGAGACUUCAGUGAGAACGGUGAUCCAGCGGGGCAAUGGACCCGAGAUGGAGGAUGUAUCGCGGAAGAUCGAGUUCUUCGAGAAUGUGGAGAAAAGAACAGAACAGAAGGAGAUCGUACCGAUGGCGACUGCGACGACGACGACCACUACGACGUGGACGUUUCGCGGCAAGAAGAAGUUACCGUCGUCGCAGAGCUUCGCUGAUCUGAAAGAGCUUUUUGGCGAGUCCGAAUCAGCCAAGUAUAGUUCGCUGGCCGGUACUGCCGGUAGGCUCGAUCGAUCGCGAUCGACGUCGCCGCGGGAACGAAAGAUCGACGGCAGUUCACCGACGUUGCCGGAAGUGACGAGUACGCGACAACAACGACGGUCGUUCCGCUCCUGUUCACGGGAGCGUGAACACGACGCGAGGCCGCGCAGCGUCAGUCCGUAUCGCGCGACCACGCGAUCGAACUCGUCCUGCAGCGUGGACAGCGGCAGCGGUUGGCCGCGCAGUUCGUCGCCGGAUCCCGAGAGGUACUGGCGAGCCUAUCUCAACCCGGUGCGGAACGGCACGGUGCGUAGGUUACGCGCGAGAUUCGAGAGCGCCGAGGACCUGCCUCGACGCGUCAGGAUCACCGCCGCGCCGAAGCGCUUUCGCAGCGAUCCGGAAUUGGCACGGAGCUUCUUGAAGAAGGCGAGCGAGGGAGAGGAGCGUGGCAGUGCUCUGAAGCCUCACGAGCACGUCGACGUGGCAUGGUUGCGCAAGAAAUUCGAGACGAAGAAGGGACGACCGCGGAUAGGACGAAGGGGCGAGUCACCACCGAUCCCGCGGGUACCGUUGCGCCGGGAAAAUCUCUCGAUGCCGCACAUCGAUGUCAUCAGCAAAACAGUCGAAUUGAAGGAGCCCCAAGCUACCAGCACUGUCACCAACCACGUGACCAGACGAGCGGAGACCAAAGAACUCGAGGCGAAGAGACCGGUCUGCCGGAUGCGGAAAAGAUUCGAAUCAUUGGACACCGGUGGUGGCCGAACUUCCAUAAUGGGCGAGAUGUUCACGUCGGCGCCGGAUGUGCGUGAACUUCGUGACAUCGCGCCUUACCUGGCCGGGAAGUGGGUGGCGCACCGGUACCCCAGUCGUCGGGACAACAUGCGCUCGUUGUCGUCACCGGCCGAUCUCAGGAUUCACCGGGGUACCUCGAAGACGCGUUCUUCCUCGGUUGACAAGAAGAAACCGGAACGUCCGCGUGCCACCUCCUCGUCACCGACGCGACCACGAACGACCCCUGCGUCGAUCCUCAAACCGUCACAGCAGACUGUCUUCGCCGGACAACCCUUCGACCCCGACAAGCACAGACCGAGGUUCAGGUACCAACCACCGCCUCCGCCGCCUUCGCCCACCGCCGUGCGAAAGCAUAGAACCUGGUGGCCGACUCUGCCUGUCUACAUGGCGCGACCUACCGUCACCUUCGAAGAAUACUCGAAUGCACCCCCGCCGCCACCAAAAUCCCAGCACUGCAGAGACGAUCGCCAAGAAUCGCCGAGGCGUUAUGUGGAGGGUGAGGUGACGAUUCACUAUCGCUCGCCGGUGCGUACAGAGGCGAAGGAGCCGCUGAGCGAGGAGGAGCUCGCACGUCGCAGCGCGGAGAACAUGCGGCGCGUCUACCAGGAGGAGCGCCGUCGCAAGUAUCUCCAGGAGUUGCACGACAUCGACUCCCGCAGACACACCGAUAAUUUUAUACCAUCGCAGAAAUCGCCCAUACCCUUGAAUCGCUACGACGAUUUCGUGGACGAUUUGAGCCAGCGAAGUCGAUCCCAAGAUCAAACACCGGAGCCGCGUCUGGUGGCAAGAGCGCUCUACAAUUUCGUCGGCCAGUCGUCCCGGGAAUUGACUUUCCGGCGCGGUGACCUCAUAUUCGUUCGACGACAGGUGGACAAGAAUUGGUACGAGGGAGAAUACAACGCGAUGAUCGGACUGUUCCCUUCCAACUAUGUCGAGAUCCUACCGUACGACGGUACGAUGCGAACGACACCAAAGAAGGCUCACGAGGGACAGGCGCGGGCCAAGUUUAACUUUAUCGCCCAGACCAAUCUCGAGUUAUCCUUGGCGAAAGGCGAAUUGGUGGUCUUAACAAGGAGGGUCGACGAAAAUUGGUACGAAGGACGUAUAGGAAACAGAAAAGGGAUCUUCCCGAUUUCCUACGUCGAAGUUAUCACCGAACCCGGACAUCGAUCAGAGACACCGAUUCAGAACAAACCGGUCGCGUCUCCGGCGGCGCACAGUCUCUUAGCAAACGGCUCGUCCGGAGGGAAAAUGAGUAUGGGACCCCAUCAUUACGUGCCGUCCAUCCCGGUCAAUAUCAACACAACCCAGCCCCAUUAUAAUUCACUGCCACGUAUGGGAGGGAGCAAGUUGCAUGUGUCACAACUCAGCGAAACUCUGCAUAUCGACACACAUUCGGAACCGAUCCCAUACCGGGCGUUAUACAACUACAAACCGCAGAACGACGACGAGCUGGAGUUGAAGGAGGGCGACACAGUAUACGUGAUGGAGAAGUGCGACGACGGAUGGUAUGUUGGUUCCAGUCAGAGAACCGGCUACUUCGGCACCUUCCCGGGCAACUACGUGGAGAGAUUGUGAGGAAGGCCGACGGUCCAGGACGCCACGCGGCGCAUCAGGGCCCAGGAUAGCUUUCACCAAAGCACUAAGCGUUAGAAUAAGCACCAAAUUUCUUAACGUUUAACCCAAUCGUUUCUGACAUUACGAAGAUUUCCGCAAGUUACAGUGAAAAGAGACUUUUGUUGAAGGGAAUUCUAAUAUUUUUUUAUUUUCUUCUUUUUUUAUUGUAAAAGUGGAGAACGGACAUGUAUAUAACACGCAUGAUUGUAACUUCUGCAUCUUUUAUGACGCGCGUUUAUUUACAGGUAAUUAUGAGUACAAUUUAUUUUACGAUUAUUUAUUUCUUUAUUGUGCAGGCGCACAUUUGCAGUUUUAUUUAUUGCGAUGCAUGAAAAUUUUAAGACAUUUUAACAAUCGAUUUUUUAAAUGAUUUAAUAACUAAAUUUUAAUAAUUUUGCUGAUACGGAAAUUUAUAUCUUCAAAGUUACUAACUAAUGAAUUUCUUCAUUUAAUUUUCGGUGACAUCAAAGAUAUUUACAGAUCUUACUCGAAUUAUGCAUUAUAUGUAAUUUCACAUAACACACACGUAAUUGUCGCAAAGUGUUACUGAUACAACGAAUGAGACUUCUAAUUAAAUCCACGCGAUUGCGUCGCACGGAAGUACUUUCGCCGAGUUCGGCGAAUGUGAUUAAAAGGUUUCGUGCCACGUCAAACGAUUUUUAUCGUUCCGAGCAAUGAAUAAUUCGAAAGGCGAGAGGGUUAAGCGUCCACAACAGGAAGUGAAGAAACGUCACAAGAGUCUUCCUUUUUGGGUCUAACGACGAUGUUAAUUGAUAAUGCGGUUAAGAUAAAUGUUAGAACUGUCAGUUUGCGGCGUGGCGUAAUGGGGCUCUCGUGUGAUCAGAGUUACUGUCCGUAUAUUAGUAGAUUAUCAACUAAGAUAUUGAUGUUUCAUAAGUAUAUAUAUUUCCUCGGUAUAUACUUUUGUUUUAAAGUCAUUCUUUGUUACGAUAUGAUAUCUAUGCAGUCAAAUGCAUGUUAACGAUAUUCAAAAAUAUCGGAGAUAAUCGCUGAUCAUAUCAGAGUCUUUUUUUGGCGUCGAAUUUACCAAAAGAUUUAGCAAAAUAGUACGCUAGGAUACGUGAGUUUGUAAGUAAAGUUUGUAAGUGUACGAUAACAAUUAGUAACUUAUUGUUACUGCUGUUCUUGGCAGCUGUUAACUUAAUUCAGAAAGAAUGAAAAAAAGAAGCAAAAAAUGAGGCGUGGAAA